UUCAUUUAUCAGAUUUUCUCUUUUAUCGACUUGCUGGUGGAGAUGCAGACAAGUAAUAAAUUGGCCGAAAGGCAGAGAGGAGAAGAAAAUAAUGAGGGAAGCUACCUGCAGAAUUCACUCACCGAGCUUUAUUCCUGAACACCAGAGCUAUAGUUCCACAUGCAGGGGCAUUCUCAGCUCAGAUGACUCACUAUGGAUCACUAAUAAUGUCUUAAAAGACUCUUUGAAAGUUUUAUUCUUUAAAAUGCCGUUUCUGUUUAUUUUUUUGGUAGUCCAGAAUGACCACCCUGCCUCCACUGCCCAUGGCACGCCCAAAGCUCACGGCCUUGGCCCGACAGAAGCUGCCGUGUUCCUCCAGAGAUAUUCCCAGGUCUCAACUGAUCAAAGAAAAAGAUGACAUAGACCAUUAUCUGGAGGUGAAUUUCAAAGGAUUGUCAAAAGAGGAGGUUGCCGCUUACCGGAACUCGUACAAGAAGAACAUCUGUGUGGACAUGCUGCGAGAUGGUUAUCACAAGUCCUUUACGGAGCUCUUCUCUCUGAUGGAGAAGUGGGAUGCCCUGAGGGAGGCUGCGAAAGUCAGGUCCCUCCUGUGGGUGCAGAGACCCCUGGAAGAGCAGCCUGACAAGCUGGAUCACUUCUACUACUACCUGACCAGGGCCGAAGCAGCUGAAAGGAAAGAAUACUUUGAAGACGUCUAUAAUAACUUGUAUGCUCUGGCCUGUUACUUCAAUAAUUCUGAAGACAAGUGGGUAAGAAACCACUUCUAUGAACGGUGCUUUAAGAUUGCUCAACUCAUCAAAAUUGACGGCGGAAAGAAGGAAGCCGAGGCGCAUGCACACAUGGGACUUCUCUUCGAGGAAGAGGGUCAGCUUCUGGAAGCGGCGGAGCAUUAUGAAGCCUUCCAUCAAUUGACGCAAGGGCGGAUAUGGCAAGACGAGACAGGCCACUUUCUCAACUUGUUGGCCUGCGAGAGUCUCCUGAGGACCUACAGAUUACUCUCAGACAAAAUGCUGGAAAAUAAAGAAUACAAACAGGCCAUCAGAAUUCUAAUAAAAGCUUCUGAAAUAGCCAAAGAAGGAAAUGACAAAAAGAUGGAAGGAGAAGCUUGCUAUUACUUGGGCUUAGCGCACUUGGCUGCUGGAGAGCAUGAAACAGCAUUAACAGUCCUUAACACUUACAUUAAAAUCUCUACAGACCUGGAUGAUGAUCUCAGCCUGGGGAGAGGCUAUGAAGCCACGGCCAAGGUCCUGCAGAGCCAAGGACAGAUGAUGGAAGCAAUUAAAUACUUGAAAAAAGUUGUGAAAAUUGCAAGAAACAAUUUUCAAAGCCUAGAUUUUGUGAGAGCAAGUACAAUGCUUGGGGACAUCUACAAUGAAAAAGGCUACUACAACAAAGCCUCUGAAUAUUUUCAGCAAGCUUUUGACAUGACAGCAGAGAUAAUGAACAUGCUUCUGAUGGAUGAAACAAAAGUUCAUUAUGGAAUAGCAAAAGCUCAUCAGAUGAUGCUGACGGUUAGUAAUUAUAUAGAAACUGCAGAUCUCACCAGCCUUGACUGCCUGCUGUCAUGGAAGGAGAGGAGAAGUGACAUUGCACCUGAUCCAAUUAUUGGAGAGUCUAGAAGAUCCACAAUGGAAGGUUUAUGUCAAACCUCAGAGCACUCAGAAGAUCUCAAUGGAUUUCCAGAUAAUCAAAAAAAAGACUUAAACCAGCUUUUGACUCAGUGCUAAGCAAGAAGAACUUUAUCAUAUCACCUUCAUCUUCAAUUAUAUCCCAAUAAUAAGGAUAUGUUACAAAUAAUACAGAUAGAAUUAUAAUAAA